CGGCGGCGGCGGCGACGACAUGGAGCGCGGGGCCUACGGCGCGGCCAAGGCGGGCGGCUCCUUCGACCUGCGGCGCUUCCUGACGCAGCCGCAGGUGGCGGUCCGCGCCGUGUGCCUGGUCUUCGCCUUGAUCGUGUUCUCCUGCAUCUUCGGUGAGGGCUACAGCAACACCCACGAGUCCCAACAGCAGUACUGCGUGUUCAACCGCAACGAGGAUGCCUGCCGCUACGGCAGCGCCGUUGGGGUGCUGGCCUUCCUGGCCUCCGCCUGCUUCUCCGUGGUCGACGUCUGCUUCCCCCAUAUCAGCAACGCCACUGACCGCAAGCUCCUGGUCAUCGGCGACCUGCUCUUCUCAGCUCUCUGGACCUUCCUGUGGUUCGUUGGCUUCUGCUUCCUUACCAACCAGUGGGCUGCCACCAAGCUGGAAGAUGUGCGGGUGGGAGCCGACUCGGCCCGGGCGGCCAUCACCUUCAGCUUCUUCUCCAUCUUCUCCUGGGGCGUGCUGGCCUCCCUGGCCUACCAGCGCUACAAGGCCGGAGUGGACGACUCCAUCCAGAACUACGUGGACCCUACUCCGGACCCCGGCGGGCCUCGGGACAGCUACCAGCAGCCACCCUUCACCCAGAACGCCGAGACCGCCGAGGGCUUCCAGCCACCUCCCGCGUACUGA